GUCUAGAAGGGUAGCUUUUAUAAACUUCUAAAACAGUAUAGAACAGAUUAUUGUGUUUAUGAAGAACAUGGUGAAAAUUGAAAUGUUAAAUUAUAACAAAUAAAUAUAAAGCAACGCGGACAAGAUAUGAAAGUUGAUUUUUACUGUAUACAAAAUUAAUCAACAUGAUAAAACUUUUACCCACCCACAUGUAGACUCGCCCAAGGCUGAUCUGAGAGACAAGAGUUGCAGAAACAUGUGUGCCGGUUAUCUGUGGAUGCUGGUGUUUGCCAGCGUGGCAGCCCGGGGGUGGGGGGAGCUGUUUUCCAGCAUGGCCCACUUGCAGACUGCCCUGUAUGCAGAAAGGGACAUCGCACAGGAGAUCAGAAAAUAUGUGGCAACCGAAAAAGUACGCCUGGAGAAACUUGCAAAGAUAGCGGAGGACUUUGAGGGCCACAGUGAGAUGGCACUAGAGGACCCAGACUAUUACCUGGGAAACCCGGUGAACGCAUACCUGUUUGUGAAGCACUUCACCCUUGACUGGGAUCGUGACAUCGACCAUGUGCUCAGGAAUAACAGCAGGCCUGAGCUGGCAGAUAAAGUUGACGAAUUGCGCCAGCAAUUGCCAACAUACGAGGACCUGUCAGGGUCAGUGAGUGCGUUGCUACGGUUACAGGAUGUGUAUAAACUCGACACUACAGAGCUCGCGCAUGGCAGUGUGGGGGGAGUCCCAUCCAGCCAACUCUCAGCAUGGGACUGUUUUGAGCUUGGUCGCCUGUCAUACAAUGAGGAGGACUUCUACCAUACGAUCAUGUGGAUGGAGGAAGCCCUGGAGAAGGUUCGCCAUGGUGACCCAGAGUGGUACGAGGAUAAUAUGGCCUCCAUCAUUGACUACCUCGCCUUUGCUCAGUACAAGCAAGGCAAUGUUCGCCGAGCUCUGCAACUGACCAAUGAGAUGUUGGAGCUAGCACCAGACCAUGAGCGCGCCCGUAGCAACAAGUUGUACUAUGAGCGUGUUCUGCAUGAUGACACAGACUCUAAGAAGCGUGGUGAAGAUGGAGAGAUCACAAACAAACGACAGCUUGAUGAAUAUCGUAGCGGCGAGGAAUACAUGACAUAUGAGGCCUUAUGUCGCGGAGAAAACCUUAAAAAAUACAAGCACAAGGAUCGCCUUUUCUGUCGCUAUCGCACAAACGACCACCCACUGCUGUUUCUGUCUCCUGCCAAGGAGGAAGUGCUCUACUUUAACCCUUACAUCGCAAUGUUCCAUGAUGUCAUCUCUGAUAAGGAGAUAAAAAUGCUGAAAACACUCGCUACCCCAAAAUUGGGAAGAGCUACAGUACAUAAUCCCAAGACGGGAAAACUGGAAACGGCAGCGUACAGAGUUAGUAAAAGUUGCUGGCUCUCAGAGUAUGAUUCCCCGGACAUUGGCAUGAUCAACGCAAAAAUCGCAGCAAUGACUGGCCUCAACAUGGAGACUGCCGAGGAGCUUCAGAUCGCUAACUAUGGCAUCGGGGGACAAUAUGAACCACACUAUGAUUUUGCAAGGCGGAGAGAGCCAAAAGCAUUUGAGCAGAGGAUUGGUAAUAGAAUCGCAACAUUUAUGUACUAUAUAUCUGAUGUGCAAGCAGGCGGAGCUACAGUAUUCCCGUACUUAGGGUUAAAAGUUUUCCCUAAAAAAGCUGCAGCUUUAUUUUGGUACAACCUUUAUAAAAAUGGCGAGGGUAUAUACGACACCCGACACGCAGCGUGCCCGGUUCUGGUCGGUUCUAAGUGGGUGUCGAACAAGUGGAUCCACGAGCGGGGUCAGGAGUUCCAUCGUCCCUGCGGCCUGUUUGAGGAGGAGUAACGAUUAUUGUGAUACCCCAUUCAUCUGGUCAUCUCAUUUUUGUGCCAUAUUACUGCAAUCUCAUUAAAUUAUGUAUUCUUCUCAUGGAUUUAUGUAAAAAAAAUCUCUAAGUAUUCUUUAAGUCAUGUUAUAAGUACUUUUCAUUGAUAUUUACUUUGAACAGCUGAACCAUUAUUAUAAUGAGGUUACAGGAGAGGCCUGUUUCAUAAUUGUCAUUCACAUUAUAUUGUUUGUCUGUUCAUUAUAUGUUUAUAGCAAGUGGUCCGGUUAUAUUUGAAAGAAAGCUGUUUGUAAUAACAUUCAUUAAAAACAUCAUUAACAUGAUAAUAUUUCAAAGGAAAAGGUUCGCCAAUGCUUAUUUUCAGCAACACAUUUUCACCAACAAUAAGAAAUAAACAUUGAUGCUUAUAAUCUAUGUAUAAUGGUUAAUGAGUGAACAUGUACACUUCAUGUUCAAUUUCAUCAAAGAAUUUUCAAACAUAUGUUUUAAUAGGUGAAAAAAGGUGUUUUAAGGCUUUUUUGCCAUUUUUCAUAGAUUUAAUUGUGAAAGUAAUUGUGUCAGCUUAUCUUAAUUCCAAAAAUAUUUCAUUCAUAUGCCAUGUUUUUGAAACUCUAAACAUUAUGAACACUGAUGAAGGAUGUGGCCACACAAAAAACAGUUCUAUUUUCAUUAAGAGUUUCAUAACACCUCUUUUACAAUCCUUAACUUUUUGUUAUCAAUCGGUGAAAGAGAAACUUGUAUUGAUGUUUGUAUUUUGAAAUAUUUAUAGUUUACUUAAGCAUACAUUUCAAAUACCACAAUUACUUUUUUGAGAAUAUGUGUGGACAAGAGUGCCACAUGAUUUAAUGACACAUGCUUAUUUAAUCAAAACUGAGAAACAAUUUGAAGAAGAGGCUGCAUCAAAGUAUAUAUGUGUAUUUGAGUAUCAAAAUAAUUUUCAUAUUAUUCUCUGUGAUAAAAGAAGUAAAGUUAAAUUUGUAGCUUUAGAUAAAAGAAAAUACUGCAUAAUUCAUAGAAAUCUAUGAUGUGGAUUGUUUUGAAGGUGCCAAAUUACAGUAGAAUCUUCAAAUUGUUCAUUAUUUUAUUACAUCAUUGUAACUGUUAUUUCUUUUUUCAUGUCAUUUCCACAAUUAAAACAUAUUUUAUUGUUUCAAAAUGAAUCAAAAUCAGUAGAAGAUCAGGGUAAAGUGUCUUUGAUAAAAAAAAUAAGCGUAUGUUUUGUGGUAUAUUGUUAUUUUCCUUACAGUAAUUUUUGUAUUUUGAUAUGUUGAUAAUAUUUUAUGCACUUUAUUUUGAACGAGACUAUCACUAUGCAUUGUCUGAUAUGCACAAUCGUAACUUUCAUGUGCUUUAAGCUUGGAUUAUUCUUGUGAUCCUGGGGUAGUUUUAAUUGUGUUACAUUCAGCAUAAUAUAUUCAGAUGACAGUCUGUAAAUAAAAUAGCUUUUUUUUAACUUCCUUUUAAUUUAGUUAUGCAUUACAUAUGAAAAGUACUUAAAUUAAGUAUUUAUCACGUUUGCAUGCCGUUUUUACAGUUUUUAUUUAUUAUAAUUUUAUUAAUUUUAUAAACGCUGUACAAAUAAUGGUACUAUCAGUUGUACCAAUUUGCUUUAAUUUCAAAUUCACACGCUACCAAAGAUUUUGUACCAUAUAUAACUUGUUUUAAAAGCUUGCCUGUUUUUCGAGGGAAAAAGAUGAGGUACUGUGACAGCCUUGGUGUUGCUGGUGCCUGUCAUUGGUGGUGGAGUUGGCGUUGUUGUUGGGCAGAGGUUUAACAUUGGCCAUAACUUGAAGAAAAUAUGCUCUUAUAGAUUAUAGCAAUGCUUAUGACAAUGGCUUGUAUAAACAUAUGUUAUGCCACACUUAUACUGAAAAACAAGAACAAAAAAACAGAGGAGCAUUGACAUCAGUUUAUUGUACUCUUGUUUUACCGUUUUGUUUGUAUUGUUUUAACUACAAACAUACAUAUAUUUGAUUUUGUUAAUCUCUAAAUAUAUUUUGCCAAGCAGACUUACAUGUUACAUUUUCUCGUGUUGUAAAUUAUUACUUUUAAGAUUGGUUGUCAACAUCUGUGCAAGACAGAAUCUCCGAAUGUUUAGCCUUAUAUGGAUGCAAAUGUAUAAGAAUCUGAAUAAAAACUUUACUUUUUCUAA